CCGGCGGCUGCGGGCGGAGCUUCGCCAGGACCGACUCUGGGCAGUCAGACGGCGGCGGUCCUGGGAGGCACCGGCGCGAGUCCGAGCCACUCCUCACCCACCGCGGCUGCCACCGCCGGCCGGUCGUUGCGCUCCAGCCUCCCGCGCUACCGCCCUCUGUGGCCCCCGAUGCGGGAGCGGGCCGCUGCGUGAUGGGGCUGCGAAGAGGCGCCCUGCGGCUCGCGGCGGCCGCUGCUCGCUCUGAAGAGCGUCGGUGCUCGGCCCUCCGCGCCCCCGCGCGCUGCGGCGCCUGCUGACCCAGCCGGCCCGCCCGCCUGCCCGCCCAUCAGUCCACAGCGCGGCUGAGGAAACUUGAAUAUAAAUCAAAAGAAGAUUUGAUUCUUUAUUUCUGGACUGCAUAUCUGUAUAACAAGACCAUCAGUCAGAAUGUCGGGAGCCUCAGUGAAGGUGGCUGUCCGUGUGCGGCCCUUCAAUUCUCGAGAGACCAGCAAAGAGUCCAAGUGCAUCAUUCAGAUGCAAGGCAACUCGACUAGUAUUAUUAACCCAAAGAACCCAAAGGAAGCUCCAAAGUCCUUCAGCUUCGACUACUCCUACUGGUCUCACACCUCGCCUGAAGAUCCCUGUUUUGCAUCUCAAAGCCGUGUGUACAAUGACAUUGGAAAGGAAAUGCUCUUACAUGCCUUCGAGGGAUACAAUGUCUGUAUUUUUGCCUAUGGGCAGACCGGUGCUGGGAAAUCUUACACAAUGAUGGGUAAACAAGAAGAAAGCCAGGCUGGCAUCAUUCCGCAGUUAUGUGAAGAGCUAUUUGAAAAAAUCAAUGACAACUGUAAUGAAGAAAUGUCCUACUCUGUAGAGGUGAGCUACAUGGAAAUUUACUGUGAAAGAGUGCGAGAUUUGCUGAAUCCAAAAAACAAGGGUAAUUUACGUGUACGUGAACACCCACUCCUUGGCCCAUAUGUUGAGGAUCUGUCAAAGUUGGCAGUCACUUCCUACACAGACAUUGCUGACCUCAUGGAUGCUGGGAACAAAGCCAGGACAGUGGCAGCUACCAACAUGAAUGAAACAAGUAGCCGUUCCCACGCUGUGUUUACAAUUGUUUUCACCCAGAAGAAACAUGAUACUGAGACCAACCUUUCCACCGAGAAGGUCAGUAAAAUCAGCUUGGUGGAUCUAGCAGGAAGCGAACGAGCUGAUUCAACUGGUGCCAAAGGGACUCGACUAAAGGAAGGAGCGAACAUUAAUAAGUCUCUUACAACUCUGGGCAAAGUCAUUUCAGCCCUGGCGGAGGUGGAUAACUGCACCAGCAAGAGUAAAAAGAAGAAGAAAACUGAUUUUAUUCCCUAUAGGGAUUCUGUACUUACUUGGCUCCUUCGAGAAAAUCUAGGUGGCAAUUCUCGGACUGCAAUGGUUGCGGCUCUGAGCCCAGCCGACAUCAACUAUGAUGAAACUCUGAGCACUCUGAGAUAUGCAGAUCGUGCAAAACAAAUUAAAUGCAAUGCUGUUAUUAAUGAGGACCCCAAUGCCAAACUUGUCCGUGAAUUAAAGGAGGAGGUGACGCGACUGAAGGACCUUCUUCGUGCUCAGGGACUGGGAGAUAUCAUUGAUAUUGAUCCAUUGAUCGAUGAUUACUCUGGAAGUGGAGGCAAAUAUCUGAAAGAUUUUCAGAACAAUAAGCAUAGGUACUUGCUAGCCUCUGAGAAUCAACGACCUGGCAAUUUUUCCACAGCAUCCAUGGGGUCCCUUACUUCAUCUUCAUCCUCCUGCUCACUCAGUAGUCAGGUGGGCUUAACAUCUGUGACCAGUAUUCAGGAGAGGAUCAUGUCUACGCCUGGAGGAGAGGAAGCCAUCGAACGUCUAAAGGAAUCAGAGAAGAUCAUUGCUGAGCUGAAUGAAACCUGGGAAGAGAAGCUGCGUAAAACAGAGGCCAUCAGAAUGGAGAGAGAGGCCUUGUUGGCUGAGAUGGGAGUUGCCAUUCGGGAAGAUGGAGGAACUUUGGGGGUUUUCUCACCUAAAAAGACCCCACAUCUUGUUAACCUCAAUGAAGACCCUCUGAUGUCGGAAUGCCUGCUUUAUUACAUCAAAGAUGGAAUUACAAGGGUUGGCCAAGCAGAUGCUGAGCGGCGCCAGGACAUCGUGCUGAGUGGGGCUCACAUUAAAGAAGAGCAUUGUAUCUUCCGAAGUGAGAGAAACAACAGCGGGGAUGUUAUCGUGACUCUAGAGCCCUGUGAACGUUCAGAAACCUAUGUAAAUGGCAAGAGGGUGACCCAGCCUGUUCAACUACGCUCAGGAAACCGUAUCAUCAUGGGUAAAAACCACGUGUUUCGUUUUAACCAUCCGGAGCAAGCACGGGCUGAGCGGGAGAAGACUCCUUCUGCUGAGACUCCCUCUGAGCCUGUGGACUGGACAUUUGCCCAGAGAGAGCUUCUGGAAAAACAAGGAAUUGAUAUGAAACAGGAGAUGGAGAAAAGGUUACAGGAAAUGGAGAUCCUAUACAAAAAGGAGAAGGAAGAAGCAGAUCUUCUCUUGGAGCAGCAGAGACUGGACUAUGAGAGCAAAUUGCAGGCCUUGCAGAAGCAGGUUGAGACUCGAUCCUUGGCUGCAGAAACAACGGAAGAGGAAGAAGAGGAAGAAGAAGUUCCUUGGACCCAGCAUGAAUUUGAACUGGCCCAGUGGGCUUUCCGGAAGUGGAAGUCUCACCAGUUCACUUCCUUAAGGGACUUACUCUGGGGCAAUGCUGUCUACCUGAAGGAGGCCAAUGCUGUGAGCGUGGAGCUGAAAAAGAAGGUCCAGUUUCAGUUUGUGCUGCUGACUGACACAUUGUACUCCCCUUUGCCGCCUGAAUUACUUCCCACUGAGAUGGAAAAAACUCACGUAGACAGGCCUUUCCCUCGUACCGUGGUGGCAGUAGAAGUCCAGGAUCUAAAGAAUGGAGCAACGCAUUAUUGGUCAUUGGAGAAACUCAAGCAGAGGCUGGACUUGAUGCGAGAGAUGUACGACAGGGCGGGGGAGAUGGCCUCCAGCGCCCCGGACGAGAGCGAGGCAGCUCUGACCGGCAGCGAUCCGUUCUAUGAUCGGUUCCAUUGGUUCAAACUUGUAGGAAGCUCCCCCAUUUUCCAUGGCUGUGUGAAUGAGCGCCUUGCCGACCGCACACCCUCCCCCACUUUUUCCACGGCUGAUUCCGACAUCACUGAGCUGGCUGACGAGCAGCAAGAUGAGAUGGAGGAUUUUGAUGAUGAGGCAUUCGUGGAUGACACCGGCUCUGACGCAGGGACGGAGGAGGGAUCAGAUCUCUUCAGUGACGGGCAUGACCCGUUUUACGACCGAUCCCCAUGGUUCAUUUUAGUGGGAAGGGCAUUUGUGUACCUGAGCAAUCUGCUGUACCCCGUGCCCCUGAUCCACAGGGUGGCCAUUGUCAGUGAGAAGGGGGAAGUACGGGGAUUUCUGCGUGUGGCUGUACAGGCCAUUGCAGCGGAUGAAGAAGCUCCUGAUUAUGGCUCUGGAAUUCGACAGUCAGGAACAGCCAAAAUAUCUUUUGAUAACGAGUACUUUAAUCAGAGUGACUUUUCUUCAGUUGCAAUGACUCGUUCUGGUCUGUCCUUGGAAGAGCUGAGGAUUGUGGAAGGACAGGGCCAGAGUUCCGAGGUCAUCACACCUCCAGAAGAAAUCAAUCGAAUGAAUGACUUGGAUUUAAAAUCAAGCACUUUGCUGGAUGGGAAGAUGGUAAUGGAAGGGUUUUCUGAGGAGAUUGGCAACCACCUGAAACUGGGCAGUGCCUUCACUUUCCGUGUGACCGUGUUGCAGGCCAGCGGGAUCCUCCCAGAGUACGCAGACAUCUUCUGUCAGUUCAACUUUUUGCAUCGUCAUGAUGAAGCAUUCUCCACUGAACCCCUCAAAAACAAUGGCAGAGGAAGUCCUCUGGGCUUUUAUCAUGUGCAGAAUAUUGCAGUGGAGGUCACCGAGUCAUUUGUGGAAUAUAUCAAAACCAAGCCUAUCGUAUUUGAAGUCUUCGGGCAUUACCAGCAGCACCCACCUCACCUGCAAGGACAGGACCUUAACAGUCCGCCUCAGCCAUCGCGACGAUUCUUCCCUCCGCCCAUGCCUCUCUCCAAGCCAGUUCCAGCCACCAAGUUAAACACCAUGAGCAAAACCAGUCUUGGCCAGAGCAUGAGCAAGUAUGACCUCCUGGUUUGGUUUGAGAUCAGCGAACUGGAGCCUACAGGAGAGUACAUCCCAGCUGUGGUUGACCACACAGCAGGCCUGCCCUGCCAGGGGACGUUUCUGCUUCACCAGGGCAUCCAGCGACGAGUCACAGUGACCAUUAUCCAUGAGAAGGGGAGUGAGCUUCAUUGGAAAGAUGUUCGUGAACUGGUGGUAGGCCGGAUUAGGAGUAAGGCUGAGGUGGAUGAAGCUGCAGUGGAUGCCAUCCUCUCCCUAAACAUCAUCUCUGCCAAGUACCUGAAGUCUUCCCACAACUCCAGCAGGACCUUCUACCGUUUCGAGGCCGUGUGGGACAGCUCCCUCCACAACUCCCUCCUCCUCAACCGAGUAACACCGUAUGGGGAAAAGAUCUACAUGACCUUGUCGGCCUACUUAGAGCUGGAUCACUGCAUCCAGCCGGCUGUCAUCACCAAGGAUGUGUGCAUGGUCUUCUACUCUCGCGAUGCCAGGAUCUCGCCGCCGCGCUCUCUGCGCAGCCUCUUUGGCAGCGGCUACUCCAAGUCACCAGACGCCAAUCGAGUCACUGGAAUUUAUGAACUCAGUUUAUGCAAAAUGGCAGACACAGGUAGUCCAGGCAUGCAGAGGAGGAGGAGAAAAGUCUUGGACACAUCAGUGGCGUACGUGCGGGGAGAGGAGAACCUAGCAGGCUGGCGGCCCCGCGGAGACAGCCUCAUCCUUGAGCACCAGUGGGAGCUGGAGAAACUGGAGCUCCUGCACGAGGUGGAGAAAACCCGCCACUUCCUGCUGCUGCGUGAGAGACUUGAUGACAGCAUCCCCAAGUCCCUGAGCGACUCGCUGUCCCCCAGCCUGAGCAGUGGGACCCUCAGCACCUCCACCAGCAUCUCCUCUCAGAUCUCAACCACCACCUUUGAGAGCGCCAUCACACCCAGUGAGAGCAGUGGCUAUGACUCAGCAGACAUUGAGAGCCUGGUGGAUCGAGAGAAAGAGCUGGCCACCAAGUGCCUGCAACUUCUCACCCACACUUUCAACCGAGAAUUCAGCCAGGUGCACAGCAGCAUCAGUGACUGUAAGCUGUCUGAUAUCUCUCCGAUCGGACGGGAUCCCUCGGUGUCCAGUUUCAGCAGCGCAACCCUCACGCCCUCCUCCACCUGCCCCUCUCUGGUAGACUCCAGGAGCAACUCUCUGGAUCAGAAGACCCCAGAAGCUAAUUCCCGGGCCUCUAGUCCUUGCCCAGAAUUUGAACAGUUCCAGAUUGUUCCACCCGUGGAAACACCCUAUCUGGCCCGAGCGGGAAAAAAUGAAUUUCUCAAUCUUGUUCCAGAUAUUGAAGAAAUUAGACCAGGCUCAGUGGUUUCUAAGAAGGGAUACCUGCAUUUCAAGGAGCCAUUUUCCAGCAACUGGGCUAAACAUUUUGUUGUGGUCCGUCGCCCUUAUGUCUUCAUCUAUAACAGUGACAAAGACCCAGUGGAACGUGGCAUCAUUAACCUGUCCACAGCGCAGGUAGAAUACAGCGAGGACCAGCAGACCAUGGUGAAGACACCCAACACCUUUGCUGUACUCACAAAGCAUCGUGGGGUCCUUUUGCAGGCCCUCAAUGACAAAGACAUGAACGACUGGUUAUAUGCCUUUAAUCCACUCCUUGCUGGCACCAUACGGUCCAAGCUCGCCCGCAGGUGCCCGAGCCAGCCGAAGUACUAGGUGGCUGCUGCGCACCCUCACUCGCCUUCCAAGAUAAAAAGAAAGUGUUACCUCUCAUUUCUCUUUGUGAUUCUUGACGGUUGCUCUUGUAUGUAAUCCUGUGGCUAAACUACUCUUCCCUCCUCGUCCAGUACUUUUUCUAGCUCCUGUUCCCCUAUCCAUUGCUCUGUACUCUUUCUUUUUUCCUGUGCUGAGAAUCUUGUUAGUAGCAUGUGGCCUAACAAAAGGGGGGGAAAAAACAAAACAAACAAACAAAAAAACCCAGAGGGGAAUCCAGUGAAUCUCCAAAUUAUUUUUGGUAUAUUUGGCUUCCUUUUGUAUGAUAGGUCCCCACUGUGACCACCUCUGAUGUCUGUACUGCUCUCUUUGGAUAUCUUUGUCUUUUUUUUAAGACAACAUAAUACUUUUUUUCUUUUCUCUAUUUGUGAUAUCAGUUUAAUUUUUCUUGGGUGGCUUAGAGACAAAUUGAGGAGACAUCUGACCUUUUUAGAACCUGAGAGGAAAAAACUUACCUUUUCCCCUUUUAUUGCCUUUUUCCAUCACUAAUUCCUGCAUUUUCCAUUCAGGGAGAAGGUUGUGGUAAGGUCAGCAAUGGGACAGGUAUAUUCUCUGAAGUCGGGGCUUAUUUAGAGAGGGGUACAGUUAGUGGGGGAGAGGAAGAGAGAGGACUCGUUAGCAGGCCUGAGACAGUAGCUGCUGUUGACCUUGUCAGAAAGGAGGAGCCUUGGUUUCAAAGGACCCUAGGAAGCAGGGGCGGGCUGCAGGCGCAGUCGGUCAGUAGGGUGCUAGUCGUUGCUCACAGCAGGAUUCCUGUGAAUCGCGCUUCUCAGCUGGGAGGGAGCCUCUUCUCUGUUCUCCAUUCUGUUCUGGGCCUCGGUGAUGAUGCGGAACCGUGCGGAAUCAGUGUGCUGUCAUCCGCAAAUGUCCCACAAGGGGGAGUGUUUCACUUUCUGAUGAGGAACUUAGCCAUUGUCAUUAAUUGUGGGAACGCUGAGUAAUGACCUUGUAAUUGUUGUAGCUCCCUUUGACCAAAGAAGUGUAGCUUUCAAGUAUAAACUUGGAAGUCUCCUCUGAAUUCAGUAGUUAUUUGCAAUAAUCCUUGUCAAACUGAAAAUACUUGCAGUGAUGCCUGUUCCCACAUACUCAUAAACAAGCAAACAUGGCAGGCUUUGCUUUCUUGAUCCCAGCAUUAAAACCACCUGCCUCCCCCCACUAAAACCAAAACAAAAGCAUGGCUGGGGUUAGAGGACAGCGCCCGCUGGAGCCUGGCCGCAGUGUUCUGCUGCGUGCGUUCAUCCGGCCUCUCCUUUGUUCUGUCCAUUGGGAGCGUUGCCAGGGGAGGAAGGAGGAAGCUGAUAGUCCCCUCUGACAGGACAGGGACAGCUGCCUCUGGAGGCCAUGGUGGAAGGUGUUUUUUUUGCUGCCCCCAAGCUUUACAGGAAUGACUGGAGAGGAGAAGGCCUCCAAGGCACUUGAGUUGCUUUGCCAGUUGGUUGGCAUGGGUCGUCCUGUGCCACCCUUUAGCUCCCCUGCUCAGACCUCUGUUUGGCCCUCCCUCCGGCACUCAGGGCCGCGUCUGCUUGUUCCCACUCUGUGGAGACUGUGGCUCCUAAGCCUUGAGGUUGCUGGCUCUCAGGUGCCGGGGAACUGGGUGGCCUCUCUCCAGGCAGCCAAGGGCAAGGGCCACGUGCUCGGCAGAGCCGCGGCUGGGCAGGCUCGCUGUCACCCAGAGCCACACAUCCGAUGGCCUGGGGGGCCCCUCGCAGAACGGGCUCCCGGUGGUACUGGUUGCAGCUGCCUCGCGAAGAGGAGGAAAGUGAAGCUGGGGGAGCUUCGUAAGAGGGAGGAUAGAAGUCACAGGCAGUGACCUCACCUGACAAGUGGUCGAUAAAAACUCUAGUCGGUUUUUUUAAACUUUCUUCUCCUUAAAUACUAAUCACUAACAGUAAUGUCACUUGUUUUCUAAAUGACGUUUUAAUGUAGUUAGGGAUUUCUGCAUUGUGUAAUGGACACAGUGUCCCCUCCCGGUGUAUACUCAAGUCUGAGAUCUGUCAGUGCUUACAGACAGCUUCCUGGACUGGAAUUGAAUCUAAUUUCAGGGAAUGAAAUUGGAAGGUUCCUUCAGAAUUAAACCCUGGGUGCUGCUGCUGUUACAGAGUCUGAUGGGAGGACCCACGUCUGUGCGACAGUGGGUGGGAAGGUGGAGGGGGAGUAAAGUCGUGGGUCACACUGAAAUGGCUUUUGUUUCUUCUCCUGACUCAGAACUGGCUUGGAAGGUCUUUGCUUUGGAAGUGUCAGCUCUUAGAACCAGUUGCACGGGACCGUGCGCACCGUGCCCGGUCGGGCGGCUUCGCGAGGAGCAGGCGCGGGCAGGCUGUUCUCCCAGCCGAGGGGCCCCUGCCGCUGCGGCUGAUGGGCCCAGGCAGCCCCUCCUGGUGCCCCUUCCUCAAAGGGCCCGUCUUCACAUUGGAGUUGGAGCAGUUUCAGGGUUGGUUUUCCCUUUCUGGACAGAUUCUUCACCACUUCGAAGCUCUGAGAGAUGGUUUAUGAUGGGAACUGUUUACGAGGCUUUAGCUGAAGCCAUAGUGGCAGGGAAGUUGAGGAAUGGACUUAACCUUUUAAGAAAACCACCUUUUAAGGGGUUUUAAUUUUUUUUCCUAAAGUAUUUCUUUCACCAAGCCAAAAAAAAAAAAAGUAAGAAAACUCUUACACAAAUUAAGAAGAAACGAUUGCUAGUUAACAGUAAUUGCCUGCUUCCCUCCUUCCCCGUUCCCCCUCCUGCCUGUGCCUGCCUGGGGUCAGCCAGCUCUCAGGCGGGGCUCUGCGGGGCCAGCCAGCCCCGCGCAGCCAGGAGCUCGGGGAAGGCCGCUGCAGCGGCUGGGUGGGCCCCGAAUCGCAGCCCGUUGUGAAAACCGGAGAUGGCAAGGGAAGAUGAUUUUUCCCAACCAGGAAACCAUUAUGAUUUUAUCAAUAUGUAUUUUUCCCCCUUCAGCUCUGUAGAACUUAAAGAGCUACUCACAUUUUUGAUGGAUUUUUUUUCCAGCUCCUAUAAGAUGAAGGGAUAAAUUAAAUCAUCAUGAAAGGUCUUUUGGGAUCUAAAAAUAAAAUGACUUUGCCUGGCACAUAUUUCAAAGCAAAGACUUUGUUGCCUGCUGCUCUUCCUCUAAUUUACAGGGAUAUUUAAUUUUGUAAGGUAUUUGUAUAUUUAUACAGCUGUAAUUAAUUGCACCGUGGACUGGAAAAGAAAGGAUGGCCUGGCGUGCGGCACCGGCCGCACCGGGCGCCCCCGUGCCGUGCACUCCACUCGGGUCCUCCUGGACGGCGUCAUGGCUUGUCUGUCUGUCUGUCUGACUUGGGUCCUUCAUUUUUCCGUUUGGUUCCCUUUUUAAAAUGUGAUGGUUAACCUGCUCCUUAAGAAGAAUUCUAACUCUGCUGCUGCACCCAGGAGGUAUGUCGGAUGCAUUUUAAAUGGGACUCCCGCCCGCGUGUCCUGCAUGCAGCUGUCCGCCGUAGCCCGCGAUGAUCAGCCAAGUGUGUGGCCAGAGCAUUACUCCGUGCGCUAGGAAUGUGUUGAUGUGUGUUUCCUUAGAACUGAAACGUCAGCUGAGAGAGUAUCUGCUUUUGCUGUUCAAAAGGCCAUUUAUGAAAUCUGUAUUUGAGCCCCAUUAAAGUCUUAGGAAAGCCUCUAAACAUUUGAAGGAAGAAAUUAGAGUUGAUACAAAUUUUGUGUUAAAAACUCACAGCCAAACGGCUGUGCUCAGAUGGUAAGUCUGAGCUGAGGUUGGUCUCCUGCCAAACCCUGGCUGUCGUGUGUUGUUCAUGUCUUCGAGUUACUUUUGUUUCAAGCUGCGUAUUUUGGCAACAGUUCACGCGAGGACUGUCUCAGCCUUCUCUCAUCGAAGGCAGUGUCUUAGGCGUUGUGGCUCUGACGUGCUUGUCUGCUGAGACCCCGGGCCUCGUGCCGCCACCCUGUGCACUGCAGCAAAACCCAUGAACAUAAGUGGCCUUUUUGAACCAAGACUUCGCAAACCGAUCUCUCCCCAGUGAAGGAGUUGAGCACACUAGCGACAAUGUACAUUAUUAAUUUCAGGUUUUCAUUUCCAUCUUUUAUUAUGUAAAUACUACCUGAUGUUUGGAGCUUGGGUAUACAGAAUGUAAAUAUAGUUCUUGUAUUUGUACUAAUUCUGGUUCUUUUGCUGUAUAGCUGUAGAUGUGCAAUGCAGACGUUAUCUAACUGUGUAUGGUAACCUUGCAUCACGGAACUAUUAGUGAACGAGGUCACAUAAUAAAGGUACAACCAGUGCAUCAGAA